AGACCCAUAUUAAAUGGCUCGAUUACAACAACAAACAAUGAACAAAGAACAUACUCUAAAUCUGAAUGUAACGGGUCUCGCUCGGUGAAUUCAAUGCUGUGUAACAAACCAGCUGUUCUCGAAGACGUCACGUUUACUGCGGACACGAAUUCACGUGCCUCUCCUUCAUCCAUGGUGGAUCUAAAGCAAUGCUUCAGAGAAGAUGGGUCAAGCUCUGUGUAUCUGCUCGCGCAGUGCCUUCACCUUCGACAACAAGAGAUACUACUUCAUCCAGAAACUAGAUGAAGGAGGUUUCAGCUAUGUGGAUCUGUUAGAAGGUGCACAUGACGGCCGCUUCUACGCUCUGAAGCGGAUCCUUUGCCAUGACCGCGAGGGCCGCAAGGAGGCUCAGAACGAGGUGGAGAUGCACCGCCUUUUCAACCAUCCCAACAUCCUCAGCCUGACCUCACACACCUUCAUGGAGCGCGGCGGGAAGUGUGAGGCCUGGCUGUUGCUCCCAUACAUCAGUAAGGGAAGUCUGUGGGCUGUUCUGGAGAAGCUGCGGGAUAAGGGGAGCUCUAUGCCUGAGAGCCGCAUACUACACAUUCUGCAUGGCAUCUGUGAAGGCCUCAGAGCUAUUCACGAAAAAGGCUAUGCACACAGGGACUUGAAACCUACCAACGUUUUACUAGAUGAGAACGAUUGUCCUUUUUUAAUGGACUUGGGCUCCAUGAACAAGGCCAAGAUUGAAGUUCGAGGGUCACGGGAGGCCAUGACGGUCCAGGAUUGGGCUGCUCAGAGGUGCACCAUCUCCUACAGAGCACCAGAGCUCUUUAAUGUGGAGAGUCACUGUAUCAUUGAUGAGAGAACAGAUAUUUGGUCUCUAGGCUGUGUGCUGUACUGCAUGAUGAUCCUGGAGGGACCGUAUGACUUGAUUUUUCAGAAGGGUGACAGUGUGGCUCUCGCCGUCCAGAAUCCAGUCUCCAUUCCACAGCCAUGCAGUUAUUCUCAAGGUCUUCAAACCCUCCUUAGCUCCACUAUGGUGACCAAUCCUCAGGAAAGGCCCAGAAUCAGCUGGGUUCUUGAGCAGGUCCAGAACCUUCGGGACUCAGACGGUACAGACGUAGAUACCAACAGAGUAUGACGCUUCCACUGAGAUUUCAUGUCUGCUUUUCAGUGGACUCUGGACAUUUUGGACUAUGCACGCUCUCUUUCGGACAAAAACAACCCACUGAACUCACUUGCAAACAUUUGCUCAGUCUUACCUCAGCGAUUACACGCGAUCACACUAGCCUUCGCAACAAUGUCUCCUAUUUCACUCCAAAAUCCAUAUUGCGCAACAAAAUUAUUUGAUGAUUUUGGAGUAAAAUAUGAACAGGGCACGUUUCUGAUUGUCUGGGAUUCACUGUUAUGGCACACAAACCACACAAUAGAGGGCAAUAGCUAUAUUUGCAGUAAUGGCUGCGUUAUCACAGGCACUGGUUAUGUAUCAUCAAAUUGCUCUUUGGCUUAUGUGUCUUUUUGCAGAUUUAUUAGCUUGUGCAUUUUAAGGAACCAAACCCAAUAUAUGUUUAUGUGGGUUUUCACUGGAAUUGUAGCUGUUUCAAAAUGCCAUUAGUUAGGUUAUUUAAACAACAUUUCUGCUGAUAAAGCAAGACAUCUGAGGCUUUUGUGGGACUUUGUGUUGCAAAGACAGAAAGCUGUGAUACUACCAUUGAACUUAAUUUGUAUAAAAAAUUUUCAACUUGUUAA